UCAAAAUUUCUUUAUUUAAAUAUCGACUUUACAGAGCUAAGACAGUUGCACAGCACUGCACGCAUGCUUAUUUAAAACGCAAACACCCAAUUAUGCUGCCCUUUAUAAAAAAACAACGGCCUUCGACUAUAUAAAUCCCUGCACUUCGUCUUGCUAUUUAUUUUGAACAAAAAAACAUGUUUUCGCUGAAUCUUCUGCGACCUGGCUCAUCUGCUGAAAUGAAUCAGAAAAAUGAAAAGGGCGAAAGAACGGUGACCAAUUUAAGACGUUCCGAACCUAUUAGGAAAAAUUUUUUAACGCACGCCAGAGAACUGCUGAGUAAUUCGAGUAAACCAAAGCCAAUCAACAUAUUAUUUGCUGGAGCGCACAAUGUUGGUAAGACAGCUAUUCUUGUGCGAUUUCUUACAAAGCGAUAUAUUGGUGAAUACAUUUCUGGCAAGAACAUGACAUACGAUUACAACUUCGCGAUUUCGAACAAAAACCCCCUCCCGGUUGUGUUUCGUGACACCAGUUGUCCACUAGUUAGCGGCAGUGCACAAGUAACUUUUGAUGGAGAGAAUUUGGAUAGCGCGAACGGAAUAGUAGUUGUUUAUGACGUGGGCGAUGCGACAUCCUUUGAAUUCGCAAAUGACUUUAUCAGUUCUGUAAAAAACUUGAAAUUAGAUGUAAGCGCAGAAUCCGCAGCGUCUUGCAACGGGCACAAAAAAUCUAUUCUUUUGCUCGGAAACAAAAUUGAUUUAGAGUGUCGAAGGUGUAUCCAUACAUCUACGGGCAGAGAUUCCGCGGGACUACACUCCGUUUUGUUCGACGAGGUUUCAGCUGCAGAAGGCACAGAUAAAAUAUUCGAUUGUAUGAACGGCUAUAUUAGGGUCGUGUCAAACCAACGACCACCCGCACCAAAGAAAGGCAUUUUUAGAUCAUUUUCGCAACCUAUAUUAUAA